CGGAAGUAAUUGCGCUACUAGGGAAGCCGCUAAUCUGACCUAUAUACAAUUUGGAAGUUAGUGUCUAUGCUAUCUGUAGAGUAGAAACACACUGACACACACACACUCACUAACACAGAUAUCCCGUCAAAGUGACCAUAGCCGGUCCCGUAUAUUAUGGCGUUUUCUAAAAGAUGGAAGUAGUGUUCAACCUUGUAUCCUUAAGUGUCUCCAAGAUUUUACAGUUUGCAGGACUUAAUAACAAGACUGCCCUGAGGACCAAAAAGAUGGAAGAGAAAGCGUUAGAAGUGUACGAUGUGAUUCGAUCAAUCCGCGACCCAGAAAAGCCCAACACCCUGGAGGAGCUGGAUGUAGUGACAGAGAAGUGUGUGGAAGUCCAGGAGCUCUCAGAGGAUGAGUACCUCAUCAUCAUCAAAUUCUCACCAACCGUCCCUCAUUGCUCUCUGGCUACUCUGAUCGGCCUGUGCUUACAAGUGAAGCUACAGCGGUGUUUGCCAUUUAAGCAUAAGUUGGAAAUUUACAUUUCAGAAGGAACCCAUUCUACUGAAGAAGAUAUUAACAAACAAAUCAAUGAUAAGGAGCGAGUGGCAGCCGCCAUGGAAAACCCCAACCUGAGAGAGAUUGUUGAGCAGUGUGUUACCGAACCAGAUGACUGACGGAGUUUGGCCCACCUGCCUGAAGCAAACGCUUUGAAACCGUCAAUUAUUCAUGUGUGUGUCCACAGUGCCUGAAUCUGUUAGUCAUAGGAUUCCUGAGGAUCUUCCUGAAGGCUUGUGUAGGCUCUGGAGAGUUUGGGGUAUUUGGAAACAGGGGCAGAACAGUGCAUGUGUGUUGUCGUCCUUAUCACUGCCUGCUGGAUGACCUCUCACUGAACAGCAGCAGGUGUUUGUUGCUGACUUCUGUUCAAGGCAACGUCAGGAAACGGGCCAGAUGAAACAGUUGUUUUGCCCCAUCUAUUUUUUUUCCUUUUUUGAGUCUUUUAAGCAUACCUUGAGACAGAUCUGUUGCUUUAUUUCCCUUUGUGUAUAACACAGAAAAUGCACAAACUAGCUUUCAUCAAUUCCUGAGAUUAUUUUUAACAGUUCAUGCUUUUGUAAAUGCAUUCAUCAGAUCAGCUACUCACAUUCAAGUCAGAGUGAACAAUAUGAUUCUUUUGUAGGUGAUUAUUUUUAUAAAAACAAAAAAAAUAUGUAAUGUACAAAAGAGUUGCCUAUUAAAAGCUACUGUGUGUGACAGUAA